CUUACAAAUUUCAUCAAGCAUACUCUAAAAAAAAAAAAAGUGAAAUCCCUGAUAAACUCUACUGUGCCCUUUGCAUGAGAUCUGAUGAUUCUGAUCUAUCAAAAAGUCUUACAUUUUCCAAAAAAAUUCCCACAAUCUGCGCGCAGAUUACAAAAUGAUUAAUGCUACAUUCUUAGUCCGUCAACUUUCAAAGAAGAGCACUUUGGUCUUUCUACAAAACCGUGUUCUGUUUGGCAGUGACUUCUGCUCUAGUUUUGUGAAUUUAAACUCAAGUAACUUAGCAGGGGAGAUUUCUUCCGCAUUCUUCAACCUCACAGCCAUAGAGACUCUAGACUUAUCAAAUAAUAAACUGACAGGGAUGGUGCCAGAAUUUUUAGCACAACUACCAAACUUGAAAGUCCUUAAUUUAUCUUGGAACAAGUUGGAAGGAAAAAUUCCCUUGCCUUUAAAGGAGAAGUCUAGUAAUGGAACUCUAAAACUAAGAUUGGAUGAAAAUCCAAACCUAUGCCUGACAGAUGCUUGUGAGAAAAACAAUCAUCCAAACCUAUGCCUAACAAAUGCUUGUGAAAAUAACAAGAAGAAGAAAGUUCUUGCGAUUGUUACUUCUGUUGUUUCAAUUGUAGCCCUUCUUAUCUUCUUGAGUGUUCUAGUCAUCGUUUGCAAAAUUAAAAGGAGAAGACAAAAAGGGGCCAAAUUAAAGGAGGAGUGGUCAAUGAAAUCGAAGAAUAGAACCUUUACUUACUCCCAGAUUUCUAACAUAACUUCAAAUUUCACAAUGGUUAUUGGAGAAGGAGGAUUUGGAAAAGUUUAUCUUGGCACCUUAAAUGAUGGCACUUAUGUUGCUGUUAAGGUUCUAUCAUCAUCAUCAAAGCAAGGCUAUAAGGAAUUCCAGGCAGAGGCACAAUUGUUAAUGAUACUUCAUCAUAAGAACCUAGUUUCACUCGUGGGAUACUGUGAUGAAGAUGACAACAAAGCUUUGGUUUAUGAAUACUUGGCCAAUGGAAACUUGAGACAGCAUUUAUCAGAUAAAAACACAAACAAUUUGAGCUGGAUUGAAAGACUUCAAAUUGCUAUUGAUGCUGCACAAGGAUUGGAGUAUCUACAUAAUGGUUGUAAACCACCAAUAGUCCAUAGAGAUUUGAAAACCCUCAACAUCUUAUUAAAUGAAAACAUGGAAGCCAAGAUAGCUGACUUCGGAUUAUCUAGAGCUUUUUCAACAGAAUCUGCUUCUCAUAUAUCAACUUGCCCUGCAGGAACACCUGGAUACCUAGCCCCCGAGUUUCAUGCAUCAGGAGUCAUUAACAAGAAAAGUGAUGUGUAUAGCUUUGGAAUAAUUCUACUAGAGUUGGUCAGUGGUCGACCUGUCAUAACAAGAGGUGAAGAAUACAAUAUAAGCAUAAUUGAGUGGAUUAAUCCUUUGAUUGAAAGAGUGGAUAUCCGAAGCAUCAUUGAUCCAAGGUUACAAGGUGAAUAUAAUGUCAAUGUAGCCUGGAAAACAGUGGAGAUAGCAAUGUCAUGUGUGUUGCCAAUUGGAAUCCAGAGGCCAGACAUGAGUCAUGUACUAUCAAAACUUAAAGAGUGUUUGGAUUUAGAAAUGGGUUCCAGAGAAACUCAGAGAAUACAGAACCAAAUGACUAGAUCAAGUAAUUCACUUGAAAUCAGUGUUCCUCUUCCUAGGUAGUUCAAUAGACAAUGCUUCAUGGAAUUGUAGAUGUAAUUCCUAAAGAUGAUCAAAUCAUAUAAUGAUUGAUAAGAUUGUAGAAUGAAGAGAAAUAAACGUGUAAAGCCCACAAAAGCUUUUGUAAUGUGGACUAGGGGGCAUAAAUGCAUCAUGAUGUG